AGGAAAACCGCAAAUCGCUCCUUCCCCAUUGGAACCAGGCUCCUCUCCUCCAGCGCCGGCCGGCCGUGGGGCAGUCCAGGGUGGGCUUCUCGGAGGCCAGACGGCAGUGAUGGAGUGGGGUGGGAGCCCCCGGCCCCUGAGGCGGCUGCUGAUCCUUCUGGCCUGGAUGGCGCAGACGGGGCCAGCGGUGGCCGAGAUGAUGGCAGCCGCGGCGUCGGGCCCCACGGAGCUGGUGAGGACCGUCCCGGCCGGGCUGGCGGGCACCGUCCCCCUGGCCCUGCGGGCCUUCAGGGAGGAAUCGCCGCCACGACUCGACGACCUCAACGGGAAGCCGUGGACCCGCCAACAAGCCACCGUGUUCUUCGACGCCGUGGUGAGGAACGGGUCCGGCUUCUCCAGCCUCUCGGCCCACGUCCUGCACGGCUUCUCCUGCGCGGCGGUCCGCGCCCUGACCCCGCGGUGGCUCCGACGGCUGGCGGUGGCCCUGGGGCGGCUGGACGUCCGGCUGGCGGCGGAGCAGCUGAGCUGCCUGGCGGACAGAGUGGCGGAGGCCUCCCGUCUGUCCCGGGACUCGAACCGACUCCCCGGGGACCUGCUGCCGUUCCUCAGCCCGUCGGAGUUGGCGGGAGCGAGCGGCUGCCGGAGGAUCUUCGGCCGCGUCGGAGAAGCCAGAGUGGACGCCCUGCUCCCGCCCGGCCGGCCGCCGCGUGCCCGGCUGCUGGCCGCUGCCUUAGCCUGCCUGGUACUGAGCGUCGCGGGGGCCGCGGGGGCUGGAGGGACGGCGGGCGGAGGGCGGGAGACUCCGGGCCCGGCUUCGAGGCCCCCGCUGCCGGGGGUCCGGGGCCGCGGGCCGAGCGCCGAGGCCACCGGGGUCCUGGGCCGCCCGGCCCGCGACCUCGACGGGCGUUUCGUACUCACCCGCUGCCGGGCCGGCCUCAGCCCGGACCAGGCCGGAGCCGUCCGCGCGGCCCUCCGGGACGGCCGCACGGCCUUCGGGCCUCCCUCCAACUGGACAGUGGCCACCUUGAAUGGCCUCCGCGGGCUACUCCGGGCAUUUGACCGGCACAUCGUUCGGAGCAUCCCCGAGGGCGUCGCGUCCGCUUGGUUGAAGGGGGCCAUCACGGACCCCGCGUGGCCUCGGCAAGACCUCGUCGACUUCGCCCGGCACCUUCGGCCGACGCGGAUCAGGAGAGACGUUGGGCCUGGGGGAGAGACGAGCUGCCCGUCGGACAAGAAGGCGCUGGAGGACAUAGAAAACGUGGACGUGGUUGUGUACUCGGAGCAGACGCUGCAGGACUGCCUCAACGCCAGCAUCGUGGCCGAGAAGCUGGAGUCGCUGGGCCUCUACCCUUUCUCCGAGCAGCAGUUCGCCAUCCUCAAGGAGAAACUGGACGAGGCCUAUCCCGCCGGGUACCCGGAGGAGGUGAUCCGACGCCUCGGGAGCAUCGCCCGCUUCGUGACGUCGCGGGACGUGGAGAAGUGGAACGUGACCUCCGUGGAAACGCUCGACUCCCUGCUGGGACCGAAGGAGGAGGGGGAGGAGAUGAAUUCAUCGGUCGGUGAUUCCCGGCUGCUGCAGGUCGCCGCGGCGGUCGUCAAGCGUUUUGUGCUUGGAGGGAAUCCCCUCAGCUCCGCCGCCCUGAGCAUCCUUGGUUCCAAGUACGUGUGCCUGCUGUCCGAGGCCCAGCUGGACACCGUCACGCCCCAGGCCCUCCGGAUGGCGGCCCAGCUGAACCUGUCGGCGUGCUCCCAGCCGCAGAAGAGCGUCCUGUACCGCAAGGCCCAGCUGGCUUUCCAGGACGAGAGGCCGCCACAGUUUUAUCUCCUGAUCCAGCCCUUCCUGGGAGGGGCGUCUCUUAAGGACCUCAGGUGGCUGAGCCGGAAGGACCUCAACAUGGACGUGCCGACAUUCCUCACCCUGCAGGAAAGCGCGGUCCUCGAGCUGACUCCGUUGGAAGUCCGCGGUUUACUCGGGAGCAACGUCAAGGAGCUGAGGGACCGGAGGAGGAAUCCGCUCAUCAGCCGCUGGAUCGGGAAGCAGACGGCCGCUGCCCUGGAAGCCCUCGGCGUUGGCUAUGUCGGAGGGAGGCCCGACGGCUACCUCGUCAUCCCGCGGAUUGGCAAGAUGUCGUCACUCGAACCCACCUCCGGCGCCGCCGCCCAGCUCCACGUCCCACCUUUCACCCUGCUCCUGCUGAGCGCCUUUCUGCUCCCCCAUCUUGCCUGACCCCCCGUCGGCCAUCGCGGGCCCACGGUGGGUCCGCGGCGGGCCUGGCGGUCACUUCCCGGAAGCCGGGGCCUUCCCUGGGAUGGUGGCCGGGAUUUAUUUAUUCCUCUAGGUUUGGGCUGGGAAUUCCUCCCGAGGACGGGAGCGCUUCCGCACUCCUAAAAUCCUCCUCUUCCUGGUGGCGGGGGUCACGGUGAAUAAACGGGGUCGAUCGUGAGACCGCUGUACUUGGUUUUAGACCGUGAGCCCACUGGUGGGUAGGGACUGUCUCUAUACGUUCCCGACUUGUACUUCCCG